AUGGACGGCUGGAGCAAGCUGCAGUCGAGUUUUUCGAACAUGAACUUCGCACAGUCAGCAAACAAGCUGGCGAAGGGCUUCAACUCUGGCGUUCAGUUGACCAGAGAACGGCUGGGCCAAGUUGCGCCCGAAGACAUUACAGAACUGCCCCAAGAGUACAAGGAUCUGGAGGCCCGCGUCGACGCACUGCGUCAGGUCCACAUUGCCUUGUUCAAGAUCACCAAAGCAUAUGAGAACGAGACUUACGACUACCCUGUGCAAAUUCAGGAAUCGAUCUCCGAACUCUCCACCACAAUCGGACACGGUAUCACCAACUUCGCAGCCAACAAUCUCAAGGGCACGAAUCUCCCCGUCCCUUCGCCUGUAGCUCCACCCGCUGCUCAACACAAGACCCUCCCUCACGCCCUCUGUCGCGCUGCAACCACCGGUGCCAAUGCCCUGCAGGGUGCCCCCGGCGGCAAUGAGCACAAGCUCCGCAACGCACUUGGAGAAUAUGCUGGAGCUUGGGAAAGGAUUGCCGAUGCACGCCUUCAGCAUGACGAGUCCAUCCGGGCUGAAUAUCUUCAACCGUGGCAAAUGACCUUGUCGACAUCCAUCGGUGUCGCCAUGAAGGCUCGCCAGGCUGUCCGAGUCAGCCGACUUGAGCUUGACGCUGCGAAGCAGACUUUGAAGAAUGCCGGUCCCGCCAAGCAAGAACAGGCACGACUGGAGGUUGAGAACGCAGAAGAUGACCUCGUUCAGAAGACCGAGGUUGCAAUCACGCUCAUGAAGACCGUGCUUGAGAACCCCGAGCCCUUAAAGAACCUGAACGAACUAGCCAAAGCCCAGCUGAUCUACUUUACCACGGCUGCGGAAGCACUCUCAUCUGCGCAAGGAGCAAUUGAAGAGCUAAGCGUCGCCGCAGAAGGCGAAUACAGGAAGUCACGCGACCACUGAAGUUCCCAUAUGAACGACGGACUGGAGGUGUUAGCUUAUCGAGACCUAGUGACUACGUCUACAUCCCUUUUCAUACUUUUCAUAUUGCCGUGUCCCCUCGCCCUCCUUUCUGUGUGACAUUGUAUAUGCCUACCUGUUUGUGUGUUGGACUCGCUGUUUCAAUUUUCACGUUGUCUGCCUCGCUGGGGUGUAGGGAAGGGAAAAAAAAAAAAAUAGUGCCCACUGGCUGGAUU